UGAACGCGAUGGAUAGCAAAGCAAAGCGACAACGAAAAAAUGAACAGAAUUAUUAGAAUUUAUAAAUGAGUCGUUGUUAACUCAUUAACCAUAAACCAGAAAUCUUGUUAUUCAGUAAAGUUUUUUACUGUAGUUUACGAUCGUUCAAUGACUGUGUCUCCUUUCUGUAUGAAUUCGCAGUACGCAAAGAUAACGACGACGCCGGGGCGCACGUCUUUAGCAGUGACCGCUGGACAUUGGAAACACCAGCAGCAACAAGCUCAGCAGCAACAACAAUUGGUGAGUAGUAUCUUGGUACAGCCUGUAACAAGAGUAGCAACCGUGGUACAGCCCCAGAAGGUAAGGGCACAGGAAGCCAGUACCAGCGGCUUCAGUGGCCCUGACAAAACUGACUACACAAAUAUCACUGCGGCCACUAUGACGCCCACCAACACAGAUACGCCGUUGCGUCGCUCUGAAGCGGGUAUGUAUCGUGAGGGAGCACGUAAUGUCAAUGCCAAUCUUGGAACUCCCUUCAACGAUGAUGAUGAGGAACGGCGUCAGGCGCGUCGGCGCACCAUGUUGCAAGGUAGCAGCGGUCGCGAGUCCAUGUUCGAGGAAAAUGAGACGCUGAAAAAGUGCCUCGAAAUAUAUAACGGGAACAAGCUUAGUAGAGAAAAUGCUUGGUCAUUAUCGCUGAUUGAUACCCUAUCAACACUGUUAGAUCGUCACCACAAAUCGCUGAAUAACUUUAAGGUCGCUGGCUCCUCACUAGAGGCUUCUUCAAAAGUAUAUGGCCUUCGCGUCGAUUCCGUACACACGGAUGUGCUACGUAUGUCAGCGGGAUUGAAUGCGCAAAAAUUCGCUGAUCGCCAGGUUCAAAGUGAUGACGAUGAUGACGUGGCAACGGGUGGCGAAGGCAACGCAGAUCCAAAUGCGUCAGCUGCUGGUGUUAAUGAGAAUGGUGAGAAGAUUGCCGAAAAGGCCAAACCUAAACCGAAGCGUACGCGUCGCAUUGUGUCAACAAUCACAAAGAAUAAGGAUACCUUAAAUGCGCGCUUAGAUACAGUGCCUUUACAGGAUCCUGUCUUUGGCAAGUUAAACACCAUUGUGGGUUCAAUAAACUCAUCAAAUCGACUGAUGAACAAUAUAUUGUUGACUACGGAAUCAGAGUUGCGGCUGCGUACUACCUUUCAGUUUUGGGAUGCAGAAGCUGUAGAGUCAGGUUGCGAUUACACAAAGCCACCCGAAUCGAUCACAGCACCUGGAAAUAUCCCUGCUGAAUCAAUGGAUUGGGCACCCUGCGAUCGGUUAAUGCAAAUAAAGCGUAUUGAUGAAUUGCAGCUACGCCCGCUGCACUCUGGAUACGUGAUUUCUGAUACGCCUGAGGCGAUAGGAGAUAAUAAUGAUGAGCCGGGCAGUCUGCGAAGCAGUGUGGAAGCGCCGUUCGAUGAUGCGCCUUUUGAUGGUGCUAAUUGUGGUGAUGGUGGUGGCGAGCACAUGUCUAUGGCAUUUGAUAUCAACGCCGAAUGUGAACCACUGCCGGCAUUAAACGAUCAACCCGCCAUGCUUGAUGUGGACUACAACGAUUUUGAAGAGUUGACCACAGAGGAGCGUACUGCCAUCAACAACUGCCGUGGUUUGCGCAAAGUACCAGUGGUCAUAGAAGAUUUGCGCCCUGUUGAUGCCAGUUCAAAGCUCGAAUACUCCUAUCGUCCGCUAGAUAAGAUAUCACAAUUCUGGGCCGGUCCAUCGCAUUGGAAAUUUAAACGCGCACGCCCGCGUUCGUCUAUACAGGCCACAUUACAAGGCGUAAAUAAUCAGCGACCAACGGCAAGACGCGCCAAUGCAAUCAGCAAGAAACGCUCGAAGCAACUGCAAUUCGAGAAGGAAUUCGAUGAUAUUUUCGUCAAGUUAGACAAGUACAAAGCGCGUAAAGUGAAUUUCCAAAAGAAGUGGGAUCAACGUAAACUAAAGCUACCAACCGAUUUACAAUUAGACUCGGAAAUGUUUCACAAAUUCAAGUGCGCACCGAGUGCAGUAGUGCAACCGGAUGUUGAUGACGAUGUAGAAUCAGCGUUGUUGGCUGGUGGAGAUGGUAUGCACGGUAAUAUGAUGGAUAGUAAUACAGCAGGUGAUCACUUUGCCGAUCACGACGGUGGUGGUUGUGGAGGAGAAGGUGGUGGCGAUACUGAUGCAGUGACGGGCAUCGGAGGAAAUGCUAGCUUUGGUGGUGACAAUUUCAUGAAUGUUUCUUCAAUGGCGCUGGGAGAAGAUGGUGUUAUGCAGCAAUCACAGCUGGAUGAUGGAGGUGAUGCGCUUAAUAAUACCGUCUUGGAGAUAGCUACAAGUUUUGAUGGUGCCCCUACUCAGGUCACCAAAAUUAUAGUACCGUUCGCGAAGCGCGCCAAAGUAAUUGACAUGAAGAAUUUGAAACGUUGCUGUACACAAUUGAUUAAUAAACAAAUUAAAGUUCCAACGCCAUUAGAGGAGAUACCACAACAUCCAAUCAUAAGAGGCGAGCACUUUGCGGCAGGCAUGGCCAGCUUUAAAGAGGUAUAUGAGCAUCUGCCCGACAUAUUGUCACAAAAUAUGGUAGAAGCACUCUCGCCUUCGAUUGCUUUUUACUCGGUGUUGCAUUUAGCGAACGAUUUCAACUUACGCUUAAUACCACAACCAGAUUUAGAAGAUUUUAAAAUACGACAAUUAACGGAUUGAUUAUUGUUGUGUUUAUUUUGAUAUGGAUUCGAUGAGUAAAAAUUGUUAGUGCAACGUGCGACCAGUGUACAUUAAAGCAAUCUGACUUACCGCCCCUACCCAAAACGAAAAAAAAAAAAUAAAUAAACAAAUUUUAUACACUUGUAAUAAAGGCAUCGUAAGACAUUAAGCAAAUAUAAGAUGUACGCAUAGUUAACUGCAACAACAACAAAAUAGUCGGUUUAGCAAUUAAGCAACUAUAUCUAAUUCACUCUCUUAGUUCAGUUUUUAAGUACAUUUUCUGUGCAACUUUAUUUUUUCAUCUUCACUUUAGAAAAUACGGAAUUCUUUAAUAUAAAUUUCAACGCCUUUCGUUUCACUUUAUGAACACAGCAAAAAAAACGUUUGCGAUUCUUGUCGCCUAGAGAAUUUGUUGUAGGUGUUUUCUUGUUAAAUUUCGUAUUGAAAUAAAUUUAAAAAACGAGAUUUUUAAAUUUUGAUGAAUCGAUGGUUAUUUUAUUUUUUGGAGAAUGCAUUUUUUUUCGUUCCCUUUGUUCUUGAGUUGACUUAGUACUUUCCAGUAAGGCCUUAAGGGGUUAGGGGUAGUCAGAGGCCCGAAAAAAUGAUGGUUUUCAAUAUUUUUUUUUUUGCUAGUCAAUUGCUUUAUUUUACAAAAAUUAAAACAUAGCAUUAAUACAUCAUGUUUCGACUUGACUUUAGCAAAAUAUAAAAAAAAAAUUAAUAAUUGUAAAAGUUCUCGCUGUUUGUGUGGAGCCCGUUUCUCCAGAAGUCCCUUGCGGUGAUUAUCACAAGUCCUUGGGGAUUCAUCUAAAAUUAUUAAUAGAUAAUCUUGUGCCUGAUCGUAGCUUUUUUUUCAAAAUUAACUAUAUGGCGGCCUCAGGGAAUAGUUUUCAGAUUUUCGAGAAAAAAACCGACAGUGUAAAUCUACUAAGGGGUGUUUAAUUUACAGUGAUCACCAGUUCAAAAAACAUAGUUUUGAGAAAAACGCAUUUAAAGUUUUGGUAUCGAGCUCCGGAGAGCCCGAGCGCCCUUUGUUAAUUGCUGAAUAACGCGAAAAGUAUUAGUCGGAUUCACUUCAAAUUUUCACACAAUAUUUUUAAGAUAUUAUACUUUAAGAAAAUGCAAAAAAAUUCAAUUUUAUGAAAAAUUCUAACUACCCGUAACCCCUUAAGUAUAGCUGCAUCUUAGGAAUCCAUUUUAAUAAAAAUUUAAUAAAUAUAUUUAAUUUGUUUAUAAAAAAUCAUUAUUUAUUGAUUUAAACGCUGAGCCUGCUAAAGUCAGUUAAGCUUUUUUUUUGUAAAGAGUACACAGAUACCAACGUAUUUACAUGGUGUUGAAUAUUGUAGCCUUUUCUUUGAGUCAACGUUUAAUUUUUGAUGUUGGCAGUCAAAUAAGUCAAAAGUACCUAAUCGAUAAUGGCCAAUAGAUAAUGACACACUGAUUAAUGUAAAAAUAAAAUCGUUAGAAAAGGCCUAUUAAAAGUAAAACGGUUCAUUUUAUAAAGUAUAUUUUCUAUGCGUAAAGUCUAGCAGCUAAAAUUGGAAAAAUUAAAAUCGGUUUACAAAUUAAGUUCUAUACAUUUCUAUGCUGAAAAGUCGUUUGCAUCUUCUUAAGUUUAUUAGUGCUUUUUUAGAAAUACUAGAUUUUGAUUUACAAUGAAAAACGUUAUUGAAAUCCAACCAAUUUCGUUUACAUUUUCGACAAUAGAAAUUUGUCAUUCUAACAUCAAUUCUCGUUUUGUGUAUUUUGGCAUACCGCGAGUGCUUUUUUUUCAUGACAAAACGAUUUGCCGUUCCGUGUUGUGGUGGCAUGAACCACUCAGUUUUGUAAGGUGCCGAAAAAGACGUAUUCCGUAGGUUGGAGGAGAAGUUUGUACAAAACAGCGCAAGCAAUACGAUAUAUUCAUGUACAAUUCACAUUCAGCAAAGCAACUAAAGAAGAAAGAAAAUUUGUUUUUUUUCUAACGGCAAUCCUACGAAAAAUGCUCUUUCAGCAAAAUUACGGUUAUUAUUUUUAUUAUGCAAUUUUAUUUAAUAACCAUCAUAAAUUUUCUUAACAAAAUUGCAUAUUUCUGCUCUUCUUACUUUUUAAUAUACAUACUUACUAAUUAACGUGCAUAUUUUUUCAGCUAUUCUCCUAUUUUUUUGUUUGUGUUUCAAACACAAUCACAAAUACAAAAAAAAAUGUCAGUAUUUAAUUUUGUUGUUGUAUCGCAGUGCCGACAAAGUCAGACAAUCACUUGAAAUAAAGAGAGUUUUGUUAAA